CUUCAGUGCAUUUCUUUUGAUUAUCUGAUAAUAACUAAUAAUUAAUAACUAAUAACUAAUAAUAACCAAUAACAACAAAUAGAACUCUAUAAUAUUGAUUCAUAUACCACACAUCACAUAUUAUUCUGACAAUUAAUAAUGAGUUCACUUUGUAUAAACCGUCUACAAGAAGAAAGAAAACAAUGGCGUAAAGACCAUCCUUUUGGUUUUUUUGCAAAACCCAACAAGAAUUCAGAUGGUUCAUUAGAUUUACAAAAUUGGACAGCAGGUAUUCCAGGAAAACCAAAUACUAUAUGGGCUAAUGCAGUUUAUCCAUUAACGAUUUCAUUUCCUGAUGACUAUCCAUCAAGACCUCCAAAGGUCAAGUUUCCUGGAGGAUUUUAUCAUCCCAACAUUUAUCCCUCAGGAACCAUUUGUCUCAGUAUUUUAAAUGAAGCACAGGACUGGAGACCUGCUAUCACCUUGAAACAAAUCGCAUUGGGGGUUCAGGAAUUACUAGACAGUCCAAACCCAGAUUCUCCUGCCCAAGAACCAGCUUGGAGAGCAUUUGGGAAAGACAGACCAACCUAUGAAAAGAAAGUCAAGGAACAAGCUUUGAAAUAUGCUAAAUAAAAAAAACUAAAAAAAGCUAAAAACAACCAAAAAACAACCAAAAAAAAUGUACAAAAUACGCAAUUGAACACUACAUAUAGUUUGGACCAUAUAUUACUUAUUUAAUUUUGUUAUUCCACUGAAAAUACACUCAAAUCAAUAAAUAGUAUUGUUGCACCAACACUCAAAGGGAGGCAAGAGAUCAGCUCGAGUGCUUUGUUGAGCUGGGCUAUAUAGCGUUGGGUGUUGUCUUUUGUAGUAAGUCACUGAUUUAUUCUCUAAUACUUCUUCCAAUACCUCUCUUCCUCUUCCUUCUUCUCCUUCUUCUUCCUCGCCGGCCUCGAGCGGUAUCUGCGCCGCUCGCACUUUGCGGCCGAAAUCGCCCUCAUUUAAAGAGCUCUUUCCCAAAUCAAACGCUUUCUUCACCAAUCCACAACCAUCC